AUGGCGCCCCGUGGUCGUGGAGGAAAGUUCUCUAAGCCAAACCGGGGAGGUGGAAAACACUUCAGCCGAGAUAUCCAGACCGUCGACAAAGAUGGGAACCCCGUUAGCAUGUGGCGCGACCCCGCCGAUGACCCCGAGUCCUCUUCCGAAGAAGAAGAAGAAGAAGAAGAAUCCUCCACAGAAGAGACGGACGAGUCUUCCGACGAAGCCGGACCAAGCAUCAGCUCAUCCAAAUUACCCAGUGACGACCUAGCACAAGAGCAUCCCGAACUAACGCGCGAAGAACGCCGUGCUCUCACAAAGGCAAAGAAAGCCGCUGGUGCAGCGCGCAGAGCUCAAGACCCUGCACAGCCCGGCGACCUACCGCCUAGCGACUCCGAGUCCGAGACACAACCCUCCAAUAAUACCCGAAGUAACGUCACCAAAGGGAAAGACAAGGAAGUGACUGGAGGGGAAGACUCAGGCGACGAAGACGAUGGCCUUGGCCUCCCUGCUAACCCGAACUAUACAUCUAAACCCAAGAAAACAGAAGAUGAAGAAGGCGGGGAGAGCCAGCUUUCACGCCGGGAACGGGAGGCUAUUGAAGCGCAGCAGGCGCGGGAGCGAUACAUGAAGCUUCAUGCGGAGGGGAAGACAGACGAAGCCAGGGCGGAUUUAGCGCGGUUAGCGAUUGUGAAGGAAAGAAGGGAAGCGGAGCGGUUGAGGAAGGAGGCCGAGAAGGAGGAGAAGGAGGAGAUUGCGAGGCAGAGGGCGGAGGAGAGGGAGAGGAAGUUAAAUAAGGGGGGUGGGACGAAGAGGAAGGGAGGAAAGAAAUAG